AGAUUGGUUUUAUCAGUGUCUGACAUCAUCUUGGGUCGGAUCUCAAUAGAGACAGACUUUUGUCUGUUAUAUGUUAUAUGCUUUUUAAAAAAAAAUAUAUGAGAAACAGCUGUUAUAUUGCACUGUUAAAAGGCUGACUCCAUUGCUGGAACCAAAAACUUUACCUUGUAGAACAGGGUAGCAGCUGAUUCAUCUCUGCCCCACGUCACAGUUUAUUAUGUGAUUUUCAAUCGAUUAGUAAACGCCAACUUUUUUGUUUAACCGAUUCAUCAGUUCAAUUCAUUCAAGUAGUUUUUAUGAAAAUAGAAAAGUCAACAUUCUCUUCUGGUUUCUCUGCUAUUACUGGUUUCUCUGCUCCUCUGUGUAAAUUGAAUAUUUUUGGUGUGUGGACAAAACAAAACAUAAUCUUCAGGGUUUUGGGGGAACACGAUCGUUUUUUUUCAACCUUUUAUGAACCAAAAGACGAAUCGAUUACUCAAGAAAAAUAAUCAAAAGAUUUAUCGAUUAUGAAAAUAAGCGUUAUUUGCAAGCCCUAGUCUGAAUGUUCAAUAUCUGGUGGAAAGACUGACACAUGGAGAACAGACUUUAGUGAAGCUUGUUUUUUGUGUCCUCAGUGCUAAUUCAUCUGUCACGUGGCCUAUAAUACUAAUAAUCAUCGUGGAGACAUUAUGAAAAAAAACUAUCUCCUGAAGCACCGAACAGUGAAAGAAAAGUUUCACCUCACAUUGCUGCAGGUUCGUGUUAAAAGGCUCUUUAUGAGCCGCAAUGCACAGAGUUCAUCUGUGAGGAGCAAUAGUUUUACUGUCUGCCUCCUCCCCGACAGCAGGGGGCGCUCAGCCGCGGUUCAGGAAGCGGAAAUAGAACAUUCUACGGGACUGGUUUACGGCAGAGCGUUGAACAUUAUUAAGACUUCAUAAAUGGUGUACAGUACUGCAUACAAUUUUAGAGUCGAUAACGUUAAAUAUAAAUACAUUAAAUAAACGUUCACACUCUCUGUCGCUGUCAGUAACAUCGUUGAUGUAGUUUUUUUUUUAAAGGAAAUAAAACAGUUGCCGCUUUUAUUUUGAAAAGGCUCACACCGGAACGUGUAAAGUUUCAGCCGCUAACGUGAAACGCGCACUGCACCGUGCGCGACGUUUGGCCCCGAAUGUGACCCGAGUUUCACCACUUCCCUGGAUUCGUCUGGACGUUUGGACGAAGCGAAGAAAGUCCCGUCGGUUGUCUGGUCGGUUCUGUUGAACAGUGGCGCCCGGAAACCGGAGUUCCCGCUGGAAGUCGUGGGAGGUGUAAUGCGGAUUAGCGUCCGGCGGACACCAGACGCUUUACGGUCCUCACCUGAUCAGACAAUCCUCCUCGGUUUUCAGGUUCCCGUCCCUUCAGGUGAAGGCAUCCUUCGCUGUAACGCCCUGCAGGACCUCAUCUUGGCAGCGGCGUCUGUAGACACCGCAGACACCACGGACGCCUCGGGACCAGAUGUCGCUCGCGCUGGAAUCCCGGUGCAGCUGCUGGAACACCAGUGCUGCCUCCCAGCUCCAGACGCAGACUCCAGGCAGCUGCUGCCGGCAAUGGAGGGGAAGAGAAGGAAGUACCUCAUCGAGCAGAGCUUCUCUACGUACAACAUGAUCGUCAGGUUCCUGAGCCACAAGGUCCUUCCCAUGCAAAGCUGGAAGACCAGACUCGCUCUGAGGAGGAUGGCCACGCGCUUUAGCCUGAUAGACGGAGUGCUGAUGUACACCAGAGUCUCUCCUCCUGUCAGAGUGUCGCGCUGCAGAGAGGAGGUAAACGCCAUCCUGGAGCAGUUCCACGACAACCAGGGUCACCCCUCGUAUUUGUCCUGCCAGCGGGAGAUCACCAAGGGCGUACUACUGGAGCAACAUGACCCAGGACGUGGCCUCCCGGGUCUCCAGCUGCCGCGUCUGCCAAGACCAGAACACCGGGAAGAAGUGGCUCCGCUGCAGCAUCGACGACUGCAGGAACAGCUGCAGGCCGGUGGAGCGCGGCCUGGGCCUCACCUUCCACAAGUACCAGUUCAUCUCCGCUGAUGAACACACUCCUAGAUAUUGUGCAGGGUGCAAAAAUCGAAGCCGCCACGAGAUACAACCGUGCAGGAGAAGUGUGCUCGUCAGAUCUCUUUUUGUAACGUUUGUGUCACAGUUAAGCAGGAAGCAGGACCCAAAUGCAGAGGUGGCGAAAAAUAUUUAACAACAAAAGAAAACAGACGUCUCAGGAACAGACUGGGGAAAAACAACAGACAACCUGACCAAGACAAAGGGAAGCACAGAGGCUGUGUCCGAAAUCACCCACUCAUCACUCCCCCUCCUCACUAUAAAGGGAAUCCGUUGUAGUUCCAUAUAGUCACUCACCAGCUACGAUUUCGGACACUACUUGAGUCGCGAUGGUAAUUACGUUUUUGUCACAGGAUUAUGACGUAACUACGACGACGCCGGCCGGUGGACGAUCCUAUAAUCUUUAAAAUAUUUAAAUAUUUGAUGAUGACGUCGGCGAUGGCGACAUUAGAGCGGUAGGUUUGCCAGCAUCUGCCAGCGGAACGACAACAACGUGCUGCGUUCAACACACAACAAGGUCACAGGCAAAUAAUGUGUUGGAUUUCAUACAAUUAUUGUUUAAAAAAAAAAUCUGAACAGUAACUAGAGAUACUAUAGUUUCCUCUGAGAUGAUGAAAUGGAAAAACUCGAGGAGAGUAAAAGUACUCAGUUACUUCCACCACUGCUGAGAAUAAGAACGACCAUUGGCAAAAACAUGGCGAUCUUAGCAAUGUUAACGAAUUGGGUUUGGUUUCAUAAUAUUUAUGAUAAUACCUUUUGAAAAUUACUUAACGUGCCACGGCUUCACCUGAAUACUCUCCGUCAUCUCACACCACUCUGAAAAAGACAAACACUCAAACGACAAAGUGACAAAUCUUGUUUGAGUUACAGAAUCUUUUACCUGAAUUCAGAUGAUGUGACUGUUUUUGACUCAUCGAGUCAGAGGCAGCAGCCAGAGGAGCGGACAGAAGCGUGUGACUCU